CAACCAUUGUAUAACAUCGGCAGGAGGACUGGCAUAGUCCGAACAACUGACUUGUGCUCUUAAAUCGAUUCGAAAAACGAAAUGUCUGGUGCUACAGCAACUUCAAACGCCAGCUCCUCCAGCGCGCCUGUCAUCCAGGACAAGAUGGAUUACCCUUCCCUUGCCGAAGGGCAUACAGAACCUUCCGUGGCACACGUAAAGGUGGUGGGUCUCGGUGUGAAUGUGUAUGGUCUUAAAGAGGCCUGUGAACAACAAAAGCCUCUGACUAUGAUAAUUGCCGCGCAUGGGAGAAUGAACUCGCAAAAGAACAUGAAGUACUUUGCCCAGGGGAUCCUGGGAGAAGUUGCCAAGAAAGGCGAGACGAACAAAAAGCGUAAUCUGGUCGUUGUCACACUCGAUCAACGAAAUCAUGGCGAGAGAAUAGUCGACAAGACGGCGAACUUGUCUUUUGGCCAAAAUCCUCGUCAUCUUAUCGACAUGGCGGCCACUAUUCAGGGAGGUGUUCACGAUAUUCAGUUACUGAUGGAUUUCUUGCCGGCAUACCUCUUUCCCCACGGAGAGCUGACAGUGGAGGAGUGGGUCAUCACAGGUAUCUCGCUCGGAGGUCAUGUCACUUGGAAGCUUCUCCACGACGACCCCCGCGUCCAGAUUGGUAUACCCAUCAUCGGCCUCCCCUUCGAGUCCCUCCCCAAAUACCUCGGCGCCCGCGCUCUCAACAACGGCCUUACCUGGGGCCCUCCCACCUACCCUCCUUCUCUCCAACGAAUGAUCGAACCCUUCCGCGAUCCCGCCUUCAAGCAGAAAGCCUACUCGGGAAAGAAGAUUCUCACCAUGCACGGCAAAGAGGACAAGCUCGUCCCGUUUGGACAGGGUGAAGGGGACAUCAAGCAGAUUGAGGACUGGGUGGAACAUGGGACAGAGAAGGGCGGGAUUUGCGCGAUUGAUGUGCAGGAUAAUGUGGGGCAUGUGUGUACGAUUCAGAUGUUGAAGAAGGCCGCAGAAUGGACGUGGAGGUAUGCUCUGGUGGACGAAGAGGUUGAGGUUCAGAAGAGGGGCGCCCUGAAGGAGUGCUUCGGCAAGGGCAACUUGUAAAGUCCAAUGCAUAGAUGCUGUUCAUUGA